CCUUGAACAAGCACCUGGAAGCUACUCUUUGAGGCGGCUCAGCAGUUUUCCUUACUCCUGUGGUUUCCAGAUUCUGGCACAAGAUGAAAAGUUCUUGUCUCCCCCUCUGCCUUUUCUUGGCGGUGUUUUCUCUCUUCUGGACACCUUCUGCUGGGCUGAAGACAUUCCAUUUGGGAAGCUGUAUGAUCACCACAAACCUUCAAGAAAUGCAAAAUGGAUUUUCUCAGAUAAGGGACACAGUGCAAGCCAAAGAUGAAAUCAUGGACCUCAGAAUCUUGAAAACUGAGUUUUUGCAAGACACAAAGCCUGCAGAUCAGUGCUGCCUCCUUCGCCAUAUACUGAGACUCUAUCUGGGCACGGUAUUCAAAAACUAUCAGACCCCUGACCACCAUAUCCUCCGGAAGCUCAGCAGCCUCGCCAACUCUUUUCUUACUAUCAAGAAGGACCUCCGGCUCUGUCAUGCCCAUAUGACAUGCCCUUGUGGGGAGGAAGCACUGGAGAAAUUCAACCAGAUUCUGAGUCACUUCAAAGAGCUUAAACUUCAGGAAGCGGUGGUGAAAGCUGUGGGAGAGCUAGACAUCCUCCUGCAAUGGAUGGAGGAGAUGAGAUAGGAGCAAAGUGAUGAUACCGCUGACAGUGCUUCUGGCUGAGUCCAGUCCUGAGAACUGUGGAGACAUGGCCCCAAACCACCAUCUCUUUGCUUCAUCAUUUAGUGCUGGUCACUGUGUAUAUUAUUUAUUUAAUAUUUAUUUCCUUAUUGUGUUUGUUUUCAUUUCUUAAUCUACACCAUGGGUUUAUAAGAUUUUGGUGAUACCGUUUGUACUGUUGGAUAUAUUUAUUCAUUAAUUAAUUUAUUUAUUUCUGCUAUUUAAUCUAUUUAUUUUUGUACUUGUGCAUGUCUUUAAAAAUUCAUCGAUAAUAUUCAUGACUAGGGCACAUUAUAUGUUUUCAAACAGUGAACAAACUUUGACUUCUCUGGAUGAGUGGCUGGGGUGGGUAGUCACUUUUAUUAAAUUAAGGACAUAUUUACUGACUGCCACAAUGGUUUUGUAAACGGAAACAAUGGUUACUAAGUAGGAGCUGUGAAAGAAGUUCCAAUGAAAAAUUACAGAUGUGCCUCACAAUUACUGACCACCCCACCCAACUCCCCACCCCCAUACUUG